AUGAAACAAAUACCGACGUGUUUGCUUCGGAUAGAAGAACAAAGUUUAGGAGAAGAACAGUCUAUGAAACGAUUAUCAGAAUUAGCAGACAUACGAGAAAAAGCAAUAAAACAAGGGAUAUUUAAUUCAGUUAAAUCAUUUAAAGAAAUGGAUACCAAUGAGUUAAUGUAUUCAACAAUAGAUUUUCUUAUUGGGACAAUCUUUAGUAAAAUAAAUAAUAAAUCACAAGAAAGUAAUUACUUAUCAUCUUAUCAUUUUGAUUUAUUUCUUAAAUUAAUGGUUAAAAUGAAAUUAUGUGUAAAAGAAACAUAUCGUUCUACUUUAUAUGGUACUAUAGAAGUUGGUAAUUAUCCUAAAGUACCUAAUAGAUCACAAACAAAAGGAAUAUUAGUUGAUAUUCAAGACAGAACAUUUUGGAUAGCAAGAUUAAAAGAUUUAAUACAUUCAGCAUUAUUACAAUUACAAACAUAUAUACUUCAAUGUAAUACUUUAGGACAUUCAAUAGAUUUUUCAUUAAAUACAUAUUCUUUAAAUUUUUUUGAAUUAAAAUCAGUAUUUAUUGGAAUUGAUAUUCAAUUAUUAUUUCAUGAUUUAUCAGAACCAUUUAAUGAAUCAAAUGAUAUUACUAAUUCUCCUUCAAGUAAAUCUACAAGAAAUGAAAAAUCUCUUUCACCACCAUUAAGAAUAACUCGAUGUAAAACAAUGCCAAAAUGUUAUUCUUCACGUACAUCAUUAAUAGAAAUGACUACAAAAAAAUCAGUAGUAAUUCCACGAGCAAAUGAGAAAGAAUUAGUAAUAGUUAAUGUUAAAGGAGUAAAAAUAAUAUAUAGAAAUGAUGUUCCAAGUAAUAUACAAAAUAUAGAAAGAGAAGGGAAUAUCAUUAUUACAUCAUUUAAAUUUUGUUUUAUUGAUGAUUCAGAUGGAAAAUAUAAUAUUUUUGUUCCAAUGACAAAAAUUGCAGAUUUUAAAAAAGUGAAUAACAAUAAAUCAGAACAUCGUAGAAUUCUUGAAUUUAAUACAAAAGACAAUAUUUAUGUUAAAUUCUCAUUUCUUAAAAAUCGUGAAGAAAGAAAAAGUAUUUUCACUGCAUUAAAUAGUUUAGUAUUUGUACCACCAACUUCUUUAGAAAUAUUUAAAUUAAUUGAAUCUAUUCCAAUAAAACCAAUAAGUUAUUAUAAUGUUUUAGAUGAAUUUAUUCGUCUUGGAUUAAAUAAAUCAAAUUCAAAUUGGAGAGUAUCAAGAAUUAAUGAUGAUUAUGCUUUUUGUCCAACUUAUCCAAGAGAAAUUAUUGUUCCUAAAGAAGCAAGUGAUGAAUUAUUAUUAGAAGAUGGUUCAUUUAGAAGUAGACAAAGAAUUCCAGUUAUUACAUAUGUAUCUUCUAAAGGAUCUUCUAUUGCAAGAUGUUCACAACCAUUAUGUGGAUUAACUGGAAGAAAAUGUCAAGCUGAUAUUGAACUUCUUAAAAUGAUUACACAUGGAGGACCAUCACAUAAACUUCGUAUUCUUGAUUCUAGACCAAAAGCAAAUGCUGUUGCUAAUAUUGCUAUGGGUGGUGGUUAUGAAACUGAAGAAGAUUAUCCAUUUGCAACAAUAGAAUUUGAAAGUAUUGAUAAUAUUCAUGUUGUAAGAGAAGGUUGGCAAAAAUUAUGUUGGUAUUGUAUGCAAUUACCAGAACAUUAUAAAACAAGUCAAAUUAUUAAUUGUAAUGAAAUUCAACAAUGGUGGAAAAUUAUGUUAGCUAUCUUUGCUUCUUCUAUUAAAAUGUGUAGAUAUUUAGAAGCUGGAGAAAGUGUAUUAGUUCAUUGUACUGAUGGAUGGGAUAGAACAAGUCAAUGUUGUUCAUUAUGUGAAAUAAUGUUAGAUCCUUUUUUCAGAACAAUUGAUGGAUUUAUUAUUCUUAUUGAAAAAGAUUGGAAAUCAUUUGGACAUAAAUUUAUGACACGUGCAGGAGUUGGUGUUCAUUGUCCACAUAGUCAAUAUUCUCCAGUUUUUCAUCAAUUUAUUGAAUGUGUAUUUAUAUUAUUACAACAAUAUCCUACAUCAUUUCAAUAUAAUGAAGAUUUUCUUAUCGAAAUAGAUGAUGCAGUAUUUUGUCAUAAUUAUGGGACAUUUCUGUUCGAUACAGAUUGUGAAAGAGAAAAGUAUCACGUAAAUGAAAGGACACCAUCUUUAUGGUCUAUGAUUAUUGAAAAUAGAGAAUUAUUUACUAAUCAUCAAUAUAUUCUAUCUGAUAAUAAAUUACAUUUAAAUGGAAUUCCAAAAUUUGUGUUAUGGGAAAAAUAUUAUUUUUGUAACAGAAAACUUUAA